CGCGGAGACGGGCGGGGCGGCCGGCGGCGCCUUAGAGCGGCCCCAUGGCGCAGAGACCCCUGAGCACCGCCGAGGCGGAGCGCAUGAACCUGGUUGCCCAGGACGCGAUCUGGAAAUACCGCCUGAAGGCUGAGAAUGAAGCGCGGCAGUCCUGGGCCCAGAAGUGGGGCUUCCUGGCCGGCCCCCUGGAGGAGCAGGUCCCGGGAGAUGAGCCGCGCCCCCGGAAGCCGCGGGUGGAGCCCCCGGAGCACCUCCGUGUGGAGCCCGUGAGCUCGGUGGAGGAAUUCUUCCAGAUCCUCCCGUCGCCCCCUGUCCCGGAGACCACCCAGGGCUUCAUCGGCUGGCGGUCGGGGCGGCCGGGGCUGAGCAAGUACCUGGAGCACGACUUCCAGACCCGGAGCUGCAAAGGGGCGUACGCCAGGCAGCUGGGCUGGCCGGAGCAGGGCAUCCACUGAGCCUGGGUCGCCCGCUCAGCCCCGGCUCUGCGGCGCCCCCCUCCCUUCUGGAAGGUUCUUCUGCGACAUCUUGGUUGAUGCAGUGGAGGAGCAAUGGAGAUGACCAGAAACGUUCUCUGCUUUGGGGAUUUCUAGCCGUGGGCUCACCCUCGAGUGGCUUCAUUGGGGACCAUCCGUCUCGUCCCUCCGUGUCGCUUCUGGGUGUCCUCCUGCCCCAGCCCCACCCCAUGGUGGUCUCGGGAUUAUCAGCCAGGGGCACCCCCGGGGAGACUCUCUGUCCUCGGUUUCAUCUGUUGGUGGGUUUUGGGGUAUCACUGUUGCCCCCCGACACCGCCCAGAGGCCUGGGGGACCCAUAGAGCUGGGGUAGGUGGGGGUCCCUGCCCGGACCUGGCGCUCUCCCACCCCGGAGCGGACUCAGAAGGCACCCCCCGGGUG